AUGCCACCACCGUCAGAAGCGCGACAACUUCCCGCACAUCAUCCAGCGACGAGACGUCCUCCACAAUCACCUGAUGGUAUUUUAGCGGAGGCCGAAGCGCAAUGGCUCUACACCGAAGCGGAAUUGGCAAACUCGCCUUCCAUUCAGGAUGGCAUGCCACAAGCAGAAGAGCAGGCUGUGCGCGCUAAAGGCGUGAAUUUCAUUGUGCAAGUGGGGAUCCUGCUCAAGUUACCUCAACUUACGCUGAGCACAGCCUCUAUUUACUUCCAGCGGUAUCUCAUGCGGGCAAGCUUGAAGAGCGAGCGCAAUGGCUUCCCAAAGUUACAUCAUUACCAGGCAGCUGGUGUUGCAUUGUUCGUUGCCACGAAGGUGGAGGAGAGCUGUAGGCGGCUUCGCGAUUUGAUUCUCGCGCUAUGUCGCGUUGCUCAGAAAAAUCCCAACCUUAUAAUCGACGAUCAGAGUAAAGACUGGUGGCGUUGGCGAGAUUGCCUCCUUUUCAAUGAGGACGUCAUGAUGGAAGCAAUCUGUUUCGACUACACCAUUGAGUCCCCGCACAGGCAACUGUUCGGUAUGCUCAAGUUCAAUGGCGUUGAGCAUAACAAACGCCUUCGCAAUGCCGCGUGGGGUUUCGUGACUGACAGCAAUAAUACACAGUUGUGUCUUCUGUUCAACAGCCGCACCAUUGCUGUGGCCAGCUUAUACGCCGCGUGUAGAUAUUGUGAUGUGCAACUCCCAGACGAUAACAGAGGACGACCGUGGUGGGAAGCUCAGCAUGUCAGCCUGCAUGAUGUCCGCAAAGCAAUGGACCACAUGCUCGCGAACUACGACCAUGCUGCUGAUAAGAUCAACGGCAUUGCCACAAGCAGUGGGGUAGAUGGAAAUGGCUCUAUAUAUGCCGGACUCGCUACACCGACCAACGAAGGUGGACUCGACGGUUGGGACAGCACAAGAGUGAAGGGCGAUGGUCAAGGGUCCACGGCAUCCAUCAGACCUCCGGGUAGUGAGAGGAGGUCGAGCAAUGCUAGCAGCAUUGGAAUCAAGCGUGGUCGCGAAGGUAGCCCCGUUACUGCCAAUGGCGAGACAAAUUCGCACAACGGCACAGCGAACGAAGAGGCACUCUCUAAGCGACAACGCGUGGACGAAGCCGCAAUCAUACGGAACCAAUCCACGAUAAAACGUGAGGAAAGAAGGAAGCCGCAAAGUGCUGAUACAGAAACGACAUCGGCAUUAGCCAAAUCUGCGAAAACCGAUGAAGGAGAGGUCAGCGAAGAGGGGGAGGUGGAGGAAUAA